UUUGUCAUCGUCACAGAAAGAAGAAGAAGAAGAAGAAGAAGAAGGGAUCGAGAGAGGAAAGAUUUUCAUCGAAUAAGCGAAGGUUUCUUUAGGAUUUUCAGAAUCUUUGCCCUGUCAUGGCUCGAUCUUUCUCGAGCGCCAAGCUUCUCUCCGCUUUCGCCGCCGACGCAAUCUCGAACACCGUUGCCAGGCGCGGGUAUUCGGCGGCGGCACGAGGUGCGACGGCCCAAGUGGCAAAAGCCGGUGGCGCCACGAGGAGCGGUGCUGCGGCGGUGAAGAACACAGGGGAGGAGGAGAAGAUGGCGAGGUCGGACGGGCAGGUUUCCUGGGCACCCGACCCGAGAACAGGGCAUUACAGACCCGAGAACAGCAUCGAGGAGAUCGACGUGGCUGAGCUGCGAGCAGAGCUCUUGAGGCAGAAGGAAUGAUUUUUACGAGUGGGGUUUGGCAGAUAUGUGUGAAUGAGGCUCCGUUAUCGUUUCGUUCGCAUGAAGAAAGAGUCGCGCUCACUAGUUGUUGGCGAUGAAUUUUUGUUCGAUCCUUCCUAGAGUAAUACAGAACAUCGGACGUACGCCAUGAUUCAAUUGAUUAAUGGUUAUAUUACUAGAAA